CACACAAACAGACGCAAACGAACGAACGUCCAACAAGCGAUAACACCGGUUUUUCAAUCUAUCUUUUAUAAUACAGUUUUUAGUUGCCAUUUGGGUUUCAGUUAAUUUUUGGUAAAAUUUCUAAAGUGUACCGUUUGUAAGUAAUGUGUGCUGCAGUUUUGCCACGGCUAUUUAAACUAAAUAAUCAAGUACAGUGGGACCAAGCCAUCAACAACAUUGAACACGAAAUGUUUACCGAUGGAAAAGCGUUGCACGAGGCUACUCCUGCUAAAGGUACAGCUGUUACACUCAAUUCGGCCAAUCCGACCAAAGACCUAGCAUCAACGAUUGUUACGCUCAGUGAACAAAUACAGAGAAAUGAACAAAUGUUCAAUGGCGAAGAUGUACAGAACACAUCGAAACAGAUAAAUCUUGCUGUUGAUUUUAUAAAGGCUAGUACCAAGAACGAUUCGUUCAUUGACGUAAAUCCGGUCAAACGGGAGAUUGUAGUUAUCUCUGCUACAAGUAAUAAGUCACUGUUUGAGACACUUGUAUCCAUUCAUUAUGCUACAGUUGCAUCCAACAAGAUUACCAUUAUUUUCGACGAAAAGAGAGCAUAUUUGAAAGACGUUCUACUGUCGGUGUUCAAAGUUGAAUCUCAAGCUGAUGUCGACUGUUCCGUCGCAGAAUCAUCGUCAUUUUGCACACAAAUUAUUUUUGAUUCGGCCGAUUUUCAGUCGGCUUUCAAUACAUUAGCGACCGCUUUCAAUGAUACAACUUCGCCAUGGAAAAUUCGCAGCUGCUGGAUACAGGACACACUCAGACAGAAGUUCUCAAUUGCUUUCCGUCACUAUUGA